UUCCUUAAAGCGUGAGCGCGCGUGUGUGAUUUCCCGCUGUUUGGUUUGUUAAGUUUGUUUAUUUGCUUUAAGUCGCGUUUUAAACUGUCUCUGUGUUUUAUUAAAAUGCCGAAGCGCUCUUAUCCGUUCAGUGAAACCUUUUCUUCUCAAUAUAAAGUUCAUGUUGGUCAGAAGCAAAUGAACCAAUGCGGAGUUUUUGGCCUCAAAUACAGACAAGAGGUUUACGAGAAGACCAAAAAUCUGCUCUUCAAUGGCACCAAAGCAGUGAUGGGUCGACUCUGGAAGGCAGAUGGAGAGGAGAAGCUGACGGAUGUGUCUGAUGUGACUUCUGUAUCCUCAACACCUGCACAUCAAACUCUUCUGAAAGGACAAACGCUCAUCGGCACAGACGGCAGAUUAAAGAAAGCAAACAGUGUUCCAGGUUGUGCGUCAGGUCCAGCGGUGUGUUGUGUAUGUCAGAGGGUCUCUGUGUCGAGGCAGUCCUGUGCGCAGUGCGAUCGAUCUGCGUGUCCUGUGUGCACCCAGCAAUGCAACAGCUGCUCCAGUCACUGCUGCAACCUCUGUGCUGUUACCGAUUACAGCGAGCGCUAUGACCGCGUCCUGUGUGUCAGCUGUUCAUCCUGAUCACAAAGCUCAUCGAACACAGACCGAUGGAUACGUGCUCGGAUGACACUGAGAAUUAUGAAAUGAUUUUACUGCAUUACUGAUGAAAUGUAAAUGAGAUGACUAUUUUAUAUACUACUGUUACUCCUGUCCUUCCUUUACUUGUGUAAAUACUCCUGUGAUUAUUCAAAUAAAUACUUGACUUUCCUAAA